AUGCCAGUUCGAUUUCCCCCUCGUCUUCUCACUGAUUGUUCUUCUGAUAAAUUAUUAUUACCUCUUCGUUCAACAAGAACCGUUAAACGUCGUUCGAGUUUAUUUGAAAAAAGCCGCGAUUGGGCUAGACGUAUUAUAUCAUCUCGUCGCAGGAAUCGACGACAUACUUCGUCGAAUGAUACCAUAAUAAUACAAGAUACUUGUUGUACUAAUUUUGAUACUCAAGAGGGAAAAAAGAAGAAAAAAAUCUUCAAUAGUCAUAGUCUUGAUGAAGACGGUUAUUUAUCACCACUGGAAAUCCAAGCUAAGUUAGAAAAUAUUUCCCAUGAAGAUGAUCGACAUUAUACAGUACCAAAUCGUCGACGUUCAGUUUCAAGAGUAUCGUUUAACUCCCCACCCUCUCUACCAGUCAUAGCCGAUCACGGAUUACAUUUGAGUAAUUCUGAAUCACAUCUUGUUUAUCGUUGUCAGUCGGUGCGUACAUUUAAACAACAACCACCAUCAACAUGUCUAUUAACAAAACGUUUGAGAGGGACAGAGUUAGUUGCUGAUAUCGAUGAUAAAAUAAGCCCAUUAUUAUAUGCGAAUGAUAUUACCGAGAAAACAAAUCGUUCAUAUCCUGUGACAUCGUUUGCAGCCGAAUAUAAAAAAAGUUUAAUAUUGCAUGAUGGACCUAUCGAUUAUAUUGAUUUCGACGUUAACGAUGUUGGAGAUCAAUUUCAACAAACUAGUCCUAGUCACGUGUAUUGUGCGGUUAGUGAACCGGAUGAGACAGAUGAUGUCCUUGAAGAUUUAAGAGUAUUAUUCGGUGAUGAUGACAAAUUAUCACCACCACCAACAGUGUCGACUCUACCUUCUAUUGGUACUUUACCAUCAUCAAGACGUCGAUUAGCGGCACGUACUUCUCCUUUGUCUUCUCGUCGAUCAACGAAUACAUCUUCAAUAUCAAGCGAUUCUGGUUGUUAUGUGAUGAAUAGUUUGAAUAGUGAAGUAUUUGAUCAACCAAUGAGUCCUAUGAAAAUGAUACCGUUACAUCUUGUCUCGUGUACAUUAUGUCCAUUAAUACCAGUUACAGUUUUUUCUGAUAACUCAGUACCAUCUUCUAACAUUUAUUCAACAGAGCAUAAAGAAUCUUCGUCCUCACCUGCAAAUGUUUAUUUUCAAUAUUCGACAUGUAAUUGUGGCCAUCACCAUCACUCAUCUAGUAACGUGAAGUUGUAUUAUCCACAAAGUGUAACGUAUGUAAAGCAAAAUGAUUCAUCAAUAAAAAAUUCAUAUUCAUAUCAUUCAUUAUCGAAAAAAAAAAAAUAUUCUUCAAGAAAAAAAUGUAUGUCAAAAGAAUCGGGAUCAUCGGUUAUUGAAAAUCAUAAUCGCUGCACUUGCCCAUAUUAUUCGACAAAUAAUUCUUUCUCUACGUGCAAUCGUCCCCAUAAAAUAACAGUCGAAGAACAAUAUAAAGCCAAAGAAACGUUUUUAUUGAACGAUGAUGAUAAAGAAUUAAUGGUUGUACCUUGGUACAAACCUGAUGCUGAAAGAGAGGCCGUUUGUGAUACGUUACAAAAAGCUGAUUAUGGCAUGUUUAUAUUACGAAACAGUAAAACGCAUACUGGUUGUUUUGCAUUAUCGAUUAAAGUACCAAAAUAUUAUCAAGAAAAUAAUAUCGUACAUUAUCUUAUUGAAAAAGUGAACAAUCAAGGUUACAGAAUAAAGGGUACGGUGAAAAUAUUUCCAAGUCUCGCGUCUCUUAUCACUCAUCAUUCUGUUAUGCCAGAAACUUUUCCUAUCACACUGAAUUUGGCAGCUUAUCAAGUAUCAAAUAGUCAGUUUCAAUAA